CUAGCUCGCAGUUCCGUUGAUUCCGGAAGAUAUGAUCUGAAAGUUCAUUUCACCGGGGGGCAUUGGCCGCAUAACUGCGUCAGUUCUUGAUCAAGAGAGCAACUGUGUAAUGUAAGCGGCAGUUCAGUUGUAAAAAAUUCGAAAAUCCAACUGAACUGCGGCCAAUGUAUUUCUGCCCUUAGUCUGAGGCUACCUAUAUUGCUACCUUUGCGGACGCGUUCGAAAGCUGACCAAUGGUGACGUCAGUGCCGCCACAAUGGCGGCAGCUUAGUAGAAUUUGCCUGUGCUGACUCCACUCCACUCCACUCCAGAGGCCAGCUAGGGCAACUGGCAAGAAGUUCCUGAGGCGCGCGCUAGCGUUGGCAGCCCGACAUUCCAAGUGCAAUCGACCACCUGGCCGCGGUCGCACUGCAUCCUGCCAACCUUGAAUGAUCCACGCUGACUUCUUUGUUCGCAAGCUCCUUGAACUUUCUCAGCAUUGCUAGGCACCCGUGCUCUGGCAAGAUCUGAAACAAUGGAAGUCGCUACACUGAGUGGCAACUUUCAGCAGGCAUGGAUUCCACAAAGAGAGAUGCAGACUGCAGGUUCGAAGAGCCCUUCUGCCCACCAGGUCCAUAAAUCCGUUCGGAUUGCCAGAUCUGAUGCUGGUGCGUUGAACAAGAAGUCAGCCCUAGUCGCUGGUUGGAAGAACGGCUUGGAGGCUUUGAGUAGGGACGUGUUUGGCAGCUCGUACAACCAUCUUUCUCCGACGUGGAAGAGAUCAAUUGCGGUUAAGGAGAAGCGACUCUAUCAAUGGUUUGCACAGAAAGCAAAGGGGACAGGUCAGCGGACAAGACACAUUGCUGCAACGGCAGUAGGAGAGGAAGCUGUUACUGGAAGCCAAGAGAAGAAGGAUUCAAAGGCGUACCGGCCAGUUGUCAUUCUUCCAGGUUUGGGAAACAACACUGGAGACUAUGCCAAGCUCGAGCAAGACUUAGCAAAGCACGGGUUGACAGCCGUCACGGCCCAGGUGUCGCGCCCUGAUUGGCUGCGGAAUGCUGCAGGCCUGUUGGAUGGAGCGUACUGGAGAGGAGAAUUGAAGCCGCGGCCCGUCUUGGACUGGUAUCUCGAUCGCAUCAGAGAUGCGAUUGCGUCCGCAAAAGCGCAGACAGACAGUUCUCAAGUGACACUCCUCGCACACUCUGCCGGGGGCUGGCUCGCGCGGGUUUACCUGGCCGAGUUUGGGACCGCUGACGUGGCAGCGCUCGUCAGUCUCGGGAGCCCGCACCUGCCGCCUCCCAGGGGGAUCCCCGGGGUGUUUGAUCAGACCCGGGGGCUGCUAUACCACGUGGAGGACAAUUGCCCGGGAGCUUUUCAUGAUGAGGUCAAGUAUGUGUGCAUUGCUGGGAGGUACAUCAAAGGCGCGAGGUUCUUCGACGGUGAUUCGGAGCCCGAGCACGGCGUUGGGGCGACCAUUUCUGGCGCUGGCAGUGCGGUGGUCGCCACAGCUACAGAAGCAGCAAGCACGCUGGCCGGGGGUGGCCUUUCCGAGGGAACGGGGCCCCUAGGCGAGGGGGCUGCAGGACCGUCGACGUGGAACCGGAAAGUUGUCGGGCAGGGUUACAAGCAGGUUUGCGGCGACCCGGAGGCGUGGGGCGAUGGAGUGGUUCCAGAGCAGAGCGCGCAUCUCGAGGGCGCCGUCAACGUGACGCUCGACGGCGUGUAUCAUUCGCCCGUGGGAGUCGUUGAGAGCACUGAAAACGGAAAUGCUAGGGGUUCGCGAGUCUGGUAUGGAUCGCCCGGGUUCCUUGAGGAGUGGGUGCACCAUUUAUUGGAUUGAGAGAAGCUCGCAAACCGUGUUGAUUAUACAUUCGUUUGCACAUGUAUAAUAGCUAGGGCAACCUGAAAGUUUUCGUCGUCUAUGUGAUUUGUGAAGUGCAUGUUGUAUAUGGACAAGCAGCACGGUACAGUUGUCACAAUGUUGUGAUCUGGUUAUCUAGAGCAAUUCACCUUACUUUAUCGGUUGACAAACCGUUUCUAUUGGUGAGCCUCCCACAUACAGCGGAGGAGAUGGUACCCAGCAGUCUAACUUCCAAACGAGCAUGACAAGGUUGGUUGUCAGCAC